AUGGCCGACAGAGGAGCAAGCGCCCCCCGCGGCGGCGGAUUCGGUUCUCGUGGCGACCGUGGUGGUGACCGCGGUCGCGGUCGUGGUGGACGCCGUGGUGGACGCCGCGGCGGAGGCAAGAGCGACGAAAAGGAGUGGCAGCCCGUAACCAAGCUUGGCCGUCUUGUCAAGGCCGGGAAGAUCAAGAGUAUGGAGGAGAUCUACCUACACUCUCUUCCUAUCAAGGAGUAUCAGAUUGUGGAUUUCUUUCUGCCCAAGCUGAAGGAUGAAGUCAUGAAGAUCAAGCCCGUCCAGAAGCAAACUCGUGCUGGUCAGCGGACUCGGUUCAAGGCCAUUGUCAUCAUUGGUGACUCGGAGGGCCAUGUUGGUCUUGGCAUCAAGACCUCGAAGGAGGUGGCCACGGCGAUUCGUGCGGCUAUUAUCAUCGCCAAGCUGAGCGUCAUUCCGGUCCGGAGAGGUUACUGGGGUACCAAUCUAGGUGUUCCCCACUCUCUGCCUACCAAAGAGAGCGGCAAAUGCGGUUCCGUCACGGUUCGGCUUAUCCCCGCUCCUCGUGGCACGUCCCUGGUAGCAUCCCCUGCCGUCAAACGGCUGCUUCAGCUGGCUGGUAUUGAAGACGCAUACACCUCCUCUUCUGGCUCAACUAAGACUCUGGAGAACACUCUCAAGGCGACGUUUGCCGCGGUGUCCAACACUUACGGCUUCCUGACGCCAAACCUGUGGAAGGAGACCAAGCUGAUUCGCAGCCCAUUGGAGGAGUUCGCGGACACGCUCCGUGAUGGUAAGCGCUACUAA